CAUGAUGUUGCUGAGAUUGUUCUGGUUCGUCAUGGUGAGACCACAUGGAAUGCAUCUGGAAGAAUUCAGGGCCAACUAGAAUCAGAGCUGAAUGAGGUGGGAUGGAAGCAAGCAGUUGCAAUUGCAGAUAGGCUAGCCAAAGAACUGAAGCCUGUAGCUGUGUACUCAUCAGAUCUCAAGCGUGCCAAAAACACUGCAGAKAUGAUUGCAAAGAAAUGCCACAUUCCUGAGGUGAUUGUWGUACCAGAGCUGAAGGAAAGGCAUGUGGGGAGUUUACAGGGAUUGACUUGGGAUGAAAGCCAAGGGAAAGAGCCAGAAGCCUACCGUGCAUUUUUCUCACCUCAGGAGGACCUUGAAAUCYCUGGUGGGGGAGAGAGCUUUAAUCAACUCUGCGAAAGGUCUGUGGCUGCCCUAUACGAAAUUGCAUCCAGACACAAAGGAGAGAGAGUCAUUGUGGUCACUCAUGGAGGUAAUCUGAGAGCCAUCUACAUGUCGGUGACUCGUGAGUCUUCAGCAGGAAAGGUGCUGAAUGCUUCAGUCAAUGUUCUCCAUCUCUCAGAGCAGAAAUGGGCUUUCAAGUCUUGGAGCGACGUCACUCACCUCAACGAGGUUGGAUUCCUUCAACGCG